AUGGCUCCCCGAGGUCCUCGAGCAGAUGCCGCCCAGCGUGCAAAUCGAGGUGCUACGACCAAAGCAAAGACUACUACAAGAGGAGGGAUACAAAAGAGGAGGGCUGGUACAGCGAGGCCCGACGUGGAUGGCGAUCUGGACAUGGACGCUGUCGGUAAACAAGCUGCAAAAGCUGCGGGGCACGAAACCAAAGGGCCAAAAAUAAGGACAGCGAAAGCCGCUCCGGGGAAAACCCCCCGAGGCGCCUCAGCAGCGGCCCAAACAAUUUUCAAGCAUUUACAAGGAAGCAACGUCUCUAGUCUCUCUAGAAUUUCUGCAGCCAGCUCGGGGCGGGCCACCCGAGCCAGAGGCAAAGGAGCCAACUUGCACUUCCUCCGCGUCCAUGGAUUUAAACAAAGUAAAGCAGCGAGUAACCAAGACGGCGGUCUUCAUGAUCUAGUGGCCUUUCUGGAGAGAAAGGCAUCCUCAUUCACCAACGGGACCGGCAAUCAAACACGACAAGUUAUGAUCAAGAAGUCUCACGUGGUUGGAGAUUAUGUCUUUAUUGGUGCUGCAAAAGAAGACACAGACGAGAUUCUGAAACUCAACAAUUUUACCUUUGCUGGCGCGCAACUGGAAAUUGUCCAAACAACGGAAGAUUCGGCAAGCGAGAUGAAAGCGCCAAGAUCGAAAGAAGGCCAAGAAGUGACGGCCAAAUUUCAGGCCAUUUUGAGCCGUCGAUAUAUCGGCGUCAACAAACUUUUAAACCUCGAUGCACUUGCCUCGGAUGCUGAACUCGUCUCGAUGGGCAUGUUUGACCGCCCAGAUCUCGCGCUGAAGUCAUUCAAGGGUCUUAUGGUCGUUUGUGAUGAGCUGUUCAAGACUGACGCGGAAAAAAAAGAGGCUAUCGAGAGCAUCAGUCUUGCCAACAACAAUAUUGAAAACGUAGCUCAGGUUGAAUCGGUAGCGACAACGUUUCCGCAGCUGAAGAACCUGGAUAUGAGCAGGAAUCGGAUUGCCAACAUGCAGGGCCUGGAAAGGUGGAGGGGUAAAUUCAAGUCACUCGAAACACUCUACAUGACGGGCAAUCCCAUCGAUACCGCCGAUGCCAGCUACAAAACAACGCUGUUGCAGUGGUUCCCUAGGCUGCAAGAUAUCAACGGCAUGCAAGUCCGGACUGCUGAGCAACUUGCUGAACAAGAGGCGGCAUCAAGGCCGAAACCCAUCCCGCAGAGUGGACCGGACUUUCGCGAUGUGAACGGCAUUGGCGAGAACUUUCUCUUGGAAUUCUUUGCGGCGUACGACAAGGACCGACAAGGAUUGGCGUCCAGAUUGUACGAUGAUGAUAGUCAAUUCUCGUUGGCGAUUGACACACAAUCUGUUAGGGACACGGACGCCCCCGCCCCGAUGGGAUGGAGUUCAUACAUUAAGAUGUCUCGUAAUCUGGUUAAGAUAACGCAUCAAAAUGCCAGAGUUCAGCGGCUUUUCAAAGGCGCAAACAUCAUCUACGAGCUGUGGAAGGGUCUCCCGCCAACGAAACAUCCCAACAUCAAGGACGAACUUAGCAGAUACAUCAUGGACUGCCACCCAUUGCCUGGUCUUGGUGAUCCUACGGGACAAAACCCAAUGGGCGUGGAUGGUUUGAUCAUUACGGUACACGGCGAGUUUGAAGAAUAUGACGAGAAGACGGGGGCUGUUGGGAAGCGAAGCUUUUCGCGCACCUUUGUGCUAGGACCUGGUCGAGCUGGCAAGGGGUCAAUCCGAGUGGUCAGUGAUAUGCUCAUGCUCAGAGCGUUCAAUGCGCUGCCAAACGUCUUUCUUGCGGCGAAUCAAGGUCCUGUGGCUGGCAAUAACAAUAACGACACCGACGUGGAGCAUCAGGCCAUGGUUGCCGAACUAUGCAAACAAACCGGCAUGACGCCGCAGUAUUCGGAAAUGUGUCUGACUCAGGUGGGGUGGAAUUUCGACAAUGCGCUGGUGAUAUUCAACGAGAAAAAGGCCGGGCUACCACCAGAAGCAUUUGCCGUGACACCUCAGUAA